ACUGUGGAUUAUCUGAUUUUCACGUUGCGGAUUUAGAACGAGUUGUGAACAUUGUAUAAGUUUAUCAACAGAUAACGAUGAUUUUAAUCUAAUCAUUGUUAAUUUAGUGCUAACACCAUGAUAUUUUUCAAAAGCCAACAUAAGUUAUUUAUAUGAUGUGUCCAUCGCUCUAAAAUGACGGAUUUUUUUGUUCCCGACGAGAUAUAUAUGAAGAAACGACUUUGUCGAUAGCUUGUUUCCGACGGAUUUGUCCAUCAGGAAUCGUCUAUUUUCUUGUAGUGAAUGGUAGAUAUGCCGUAGUUAAUGUAAUGAAUUUAUGUUUCAUUGUAGUGCGUACUAGUUUAGAAAAACAUAUACUACUGUUUCAUUCACGUUGAGCUUCGGGGUUCCAUAUCGGUAUAUGGUUUUAAUGUUCAUACUGGAAAGGCAUGUGAACGAUUCAAACAAUAAAUGAAUUGUAUGGACACUCCACGGUUGUAUGGGAAAACAUCUUGAGUUUUUUUUUAAAAUGAUUUUAUCUUUAUCAAGGUUGUAUGUAGGAGUGGACAAAUUGCUAGGGAAACUGUCCAAUUUGAAAUUUUGGUGUCCUAGGUUUGCGGACCAGAUCAUAUUUCUAGUCCAAUAUAUGAUACAUAUAUUUUUUUUUUUAAAUAACAAAAAAUUGAGAAGAAAACCAAUAAAUUUAGCAUUUCAUCAGAAGUCCUUAUGGUCGGUUUUUUCUCAAUCUCUUCGAACCUCUUUCCUUCUCAUCUUCAGUUUUCAUUGGUCUUACAAAAUUAGAAAAUGUUGAUGUCUAGUGUAUACUUAAAGCAUUUCCAAUGUAAAAUUUUGUUUUUUCCUCUAAAACAGAAUAAAAGAGAAUAUGAAGUAAAAAUGUUUUAACUCAACUCUAUUUUACGCUCUAUAAUAGAAUAAUAAACAAAAAAAAUAGAUUACUCCAUUUAUAGCGUAAAUUCCAUUAGAAAGUUAGGUUGCAACAUUUAAUACUUCAUACUCUGUUUUAUUCUAUUUUGGAGUAAAAAUGUAUGUAAUAGGGUUGGAGAUACCCCUUAUUAACUUCUAUUUGAAACUCACUGUGUUCCUAUUAGCUUAAUCUUAUGGAUUUUCUAGUUUUUAUUUUAUGUUCUGAGUUAAUGUUAAUAAAAGGUACCAAUUCAAGAUUAAAUAAUUUCAUAUAUUUAAAUUUUCUAUAAGAUAUUGGUUCAUGAUAGGUUAUAGAAAAGUGUUUUAGUGAGAAAAGUUAAAACAUUUAUUAUCGUGCAUUAAUUAUUUCCUAAUGUAUGUUAACUCUAUGGCCUCGAGGAAAUAAUAAAUGCUCGAUCAAAUAGAUUGUCCAUCGCGCUUAUAUAAGAUCUACAUGUAUAAUCCCUCUUCCCUCACACAAACACACAAAUAUAAAUACAAACUAAGAACAAGAUGGACAAUCUGGCGUUAUGUGAAGCAAACAACGCUCCUCUAACGCCCAUAACGUUCUUGAAGAGAGCUUCGGAAUGUUAUCCAAAUAGGACUUCCAUAAUCUAUGGAGAAACUCGUUUCACUUGGCCUCAGACCUAUGACCGUUGCUGUCGUCUAGCUGCUUCUCUCCUAUCUCUUAACAUCGCCAAGAAUGAUAUCGUAUCCGUUCUGGCCCCAAACAUACCGGCCAUAUAUGAGAUGCACUUCGCUGUUCCCAUGGCUGGAGCUGUCCUAAACCCUAUCAACACCCGCCUUGACGCAAAAUCCAUCGCCGCAAUCUUCCGCCACGCACAGCCCAAGAUAUUAUUCGUAGACCGCAACCUUGAGACCUUAGCUAGAGCCACGCUCCAUCUACUACCAGAUGAAGAGCAGCGGAACCUGCUGGUCAUUUUCAUUGACGAGCCCGAUCGCCCUAAAAGGAUUUCGUCCAAUGAUCAGUUAGACUACGAAGAGCUCAUCCGUAGGGGAGAACCUUCGUCCUCCUCGGUUGCACGCAUGUUCCGUAUUCAAAACGAGCAUGAUCCGAUCUCGUUAAACUACACGUCGGGUACCACGAGCGAACCAAAAGGUGUGGUGGUCAGCCACCGUGGAGUUUAUUUGAGCUCUCUAAGCGUGAUUAUGGGCUGGGAGAUGGGGAAGUUCCCGGUCUACCUUUGGACUCUGCCUAUGUUUCAUUGCAAUGGAUGGAAUCUCACAUGGUCAGUGGCAGCACGUGGAGGCACCAACGUCUGUAUAAGGCAUGUGUCUGCCCCGGAGAUUUAUAAGAACAUAGAAUCGCACGGCGUGACGCAUAUGUGUUGUGUUCCUACAGUCUUAAACAUUCUGGUUCAAGGAAAUUCACUUGACAUGUCACAAAGGUCAAAGCCGGUUCAGGUUUUGACCGGAGGUUCAUCGCCUCCUACUGCCCUUGUAGAGAAAGUUCAGCGGCUCGGGUUUGAAGUGCUGCAUGUUUAUGGGCUCACGGAGGCCACUGGUGCUGUUCUCUUUUGUGAGUGGCAUGACGAGUGGAACAGACUUCCAGAGAAGCAACAGAUGGAGAUGAAAGCAAGACAAGGGGUAGGCAUCUUAGCCCUAGCUGACGUUGACGUAAAGAACAAAAAAACCCAGGAGAGUGUCCCACGCGAUGGGACGACAAUGGGAGAAAUUGUCAUGAAAGGAAGCAGCAUAAUGAAAGGGUAUCUAAGGAAUCCGAAAGCUACAUCUGAAGCGUUUAAACACGGAUGGCUCCACACGGGAGACAUAGGUGUGAUCCAUCCCGAUGGUCACAUACAGAUCAAAGAUCGGUCCAAAGAUAUUAUCAUAUCGGGAGGUGAAAACAUCAACAGUAUUGAAGUUGAGAAUGUUCUUUACAAAUAUAAGAAAGUGCUCGAGGCCGCUGUUGUCGCCAUGCCUCACCCUAUGUGGGGUGAAACCCCUUGUGCGUUCGUUGUUCUAGAAAAGCGUAAGACUGGUCAAGGAGACUGUGAUGAUCAGUUCAUGACAAGAGAAGGUGAUUUGAUUAAGUAUUGCCGUGAGAAUCUGCCUCAUUUUAUGUGUCCGAAGAGGGUUGUGUUCAUGGGAGAACUACCUAAGAACGGCAACGGAAAGAUUCUUAAACAUAAGCUAAGAAACAUCGCUAAAAGUUUGGUUAUUAAUGAUGACAAUACUAUUGGCAUUAAGCACUAAAUAUCAUCUCUCAUGGAAAAUCCUUAAGAGUGAGAUGAUUAGAAAUCUGGUAUUUAUUGUUUCGAUUAUAAAAUCAUUUUUGAAUAAACAUAUGUAAUGUUUAGUACAAAUAAUUGUAAUUUACCGAAACAUUUAGAUUUUAUUGUACUUUUAUUCUUUAACUGAACUUAAUAGAUAGGUUAAAUCUCAUAUCUAUUAAAUCACAUUGAACCUGGACGAACCAUAUUGAUCCAUGAUCCAAAACAUUUCUGGUUUAGUUAUCAGGCGGUUAUAAAAAAUUCUCCAAGUUUGAAUGCAUCCAAAAAUGUUAAUGUAACAUCUCGAGUUGUGAUAUAUGGAAAGAAUUAAGAUGAUUGAUUUGGCUACUUAUUUCAACAAAGUUGACGUACUUUUUCCGUAACACAUCCGUUUAGAACUCCAGAGUUAAGCAUGCUUGAGCUGGAAUACUGGAAGAAUUGGCGACAUAUUUGGAAGUGAUUCGCGAUACAGUGUGAGUGAGGGCAAAGAACGGAGAACGGUCAUGUGAUGAUUACAAGAUCAGUAAACAAGUUUUUUGGACCUUGGAAAAUCAAUGCACUGCCCGUCAGAUGGGUAGAGUGAGCGGACAUGGGUGGCCCAUUGGGCGCUUGGGCGUUACAGUUAAGUUGAAAAUGAAGAUCUUCAUGCUUGUUGGUGCAUGGUAAUAUGAUGUCUCUGGCAUUCUUGGAUGGCUAGAUAUGUCUUCUGCGUUUUAGAUGUCUCUCUUGGUCGUUGUAAUCUUGUUUAAAAGUGUUUGAGCUCAUGAGCUUGCAAAUAAAGUAAGCUGAGAAUGAAUGAGGCAUUACUUUAUUCCAAAACUAAAUUAGAUAG